AUUCUGGCAGCCUGCAGCACCGCGACUCAGCCUACAACAUCUACGCAAUCAAUCACCGGCCUCGUCAUUUUCACAGUUCUUUCCCUUUCCUGCUUAUUCCAUCACCGCCUCACCUCCGCUCUCAUUUCCUCUCUUGGCCGCCCAACGAGCUUCCUGCCCGGCUGUGCCGAAAAUGGCAGGCAGUCUUCGUUCGCAAACGUCUUGACCUACCACCACAUCAGAGCUCCCCUCCGACAUUCCCGCGAGGCAAGUGAUAAGCUUGAAUAGUGCAAAGAAAGACGAAAAAAGGACGACCGCAAAACCCGAGGCGCCGCGCCAGUGCUCAUCAUGGCAUCGUCCAAUCCAUUCCGCAAGUCCGUCGUUGCGGCAGACACGGCUACAUUACAGGGCAUAGCCUCGCCUACUUCAACCCGCUUCCCCCCCCUCCAUUCGAUAGAUACCUCGUCAAGCCGGCCACCUCCAACGAGUUUCCAGGUUGACAUUUCGACGUCUGACUCACAAUCGAAAACCUCCAAAAAAGUCCGCGUCCUCUCUCCUCCACCGCUCUCCCCCGAUUCGCCAGAAUGGGCCUUUUCGGCACCGUCUUUCGAGGAGCAUGGCUCCAUGCAGCAGAAGGGUGACGACCCGUUCGAUGCGACCUCUACCGACGACAGCGAUCGCGAGAUGGUAUCGGCGUUUGCCCGGGAUCAAGACCGUAGUGGCGGUCAAGCUCCAGGCAACCCAUUCAGCAAGACGUUACGAGAUUUGGAGUCGCCGGCGGCAGAACGAAAGCUUGAGCAGGAGCGGAAGGAGGAAGGCCAUGCGCUCAAAGCUGCCAACACGGCUCGGCGGUCCCUGGAUGUGAAUUCGUUCAAGAGAUUGCUCAUGACCGGCAACUCAGGCUCAGAGAAGGCCCCCGAGAUGCAAGAGGUGUCGCUCAUCGCCCGAGAUACUUCGGAUACCCCGGAAGACGAUAUCGAGCGCAGUAGCUUCUCUGACUCGAGCACAUCGCUUCAGAUUGGCAGAGGCAAGAAGCCACCACCACCACCCAGCUCUCGACAUGGCAAAUCGAUCAAGCUGGAUUUUAUCGGAGGCCAGUCAGCUCCGGAAGCAUUGGCAUCCAUGUCACAGUCUGACAUGAACAAGCCCCUGCCGCCGGCCCCUGUUCGAAAGAGCUUCGAAGAUGGUCACGAGUCACCAUUCGAUCAGGAGGCAGCGGGCAAGGUCCCCGAUAUCAACAUCGAGAACAACCCCGCGUCUCCAAAUGCGCCUAGGAACAACCAGAAAGCGGUCCCAGCGCCACCGCCACGAAGGGGACAUGCCAGGGGGGAGAGCAAGGCAUUUGGUCCUGGUGGCUCUAGUUUGGGACAGCAGGCGCUCAAAAACCAUGACGAGAAUCUAUCACGCUCGUCGUCGAUGAGAUCCCAGAGAAACCAUGCUCGACAUGACUCUCACGCGCCGGCUCCUCCACCACCACCACGAAGGUCGCACCACGGCUCGAGACAGUCAACUCAGAUACCAGCGGGAGUGGCAUCCAAUCUCACUAGAAACGCAAGUCAAUCAUCGUCAUCUCCAGCUUUAUCACCAGAAAUCGACACAAUUUCGACGCCGACACACCAACCGUCAGUGGAGCCAGCACCUCCUCGGGAGACACAGCCUGGAAGUUAUCAGGCUGGAGUGACCAAGUCAUGGGCUCCUCCCCCGCCUCCGGCACGAAACGCUUCGGUACGACGGCCUGCUAGUAUUCGGAGCAUUGAUAGCACGAGCCGACGAGUUUCGUUUGAAGCAAAACCUCACGGUGGCAUAGCGCCGCCUCCCCCACCUCGAAGGCAGAGGGGAAGCAGUCGCGGCAGCAUAGAAGAACCGCCGAGGAGAACAAGCAUGGAAGGAGUUGCCAAGACACGGUCGAGUCAAGUUCCUGAAGAGGAACCUUAUGAUGCGGCGGCAACCCUCAACGCCGGUCCCACAUCUCCGCAAUCGGCAACUGAUGCAGGGAAAGGCGCCAACAUCCUAGCUGACCUUGAUGCCCUGCAGAGGGAGGUGGACGCACUGCGGGGGAAGCUAGGAUGACGAGACACGAAGUAAGGUGAUGCAAGCUGUUGUGGACAUGCAGAUGACGCUGUACGUUGCAGCGCUGAGAGAGAGUGGAUGCCGGCUUUGGAAGCGAGGUACGGUAAUGGAGGGAGGCAGCCGACGACGAUAACUUGACAGGUGGGCUGGCAGGCGUUCUCAUGGAAGGGAUUCUGACACUUAUAGAGAUAUUCGAUCCGGGUGUGAUGUGAAGGGUGGCGUCUCACAGGGCUUGUAUGAAGUAUUGAAGAUGAUUAUGUGAUGACGUCUGCCCUGAGGGUGUUGGGUCGUCAGGAAAGACAGCUCAACCUUGU